CGCGUUCGCUGGCCUGUUUAGCUGCACCGGCGCGUGUUCGUCACCCAUCUUUAUCGCAGAAACAAAGCCCGUCGCAUCGUGCACUGCUGCCCACUACACCUCCACUAUGGCGAACACUCACCUAGAGCAUGCGCGCUCGCUUGCGCUGACCGACAGCAAAUACUACCCCAGCUUGAUGCCCGGUGUGCUGCCGCUCAUCGGCCCCAAUUCAAAUGCCUCGCUGGAGGUGCAACGAUUUGGAGCCGACUUCCUAGCUGAGAUGUUUGCGUCGCCCAUGUGGUCUGCAGAAGCGAAGCAGCCCAUAGCGUUGCUGGUCCUCGACACCCUCAAGUACUAUUUGGAUGAGGUGCACGACCGCGGCGUCAUCAAGGGCGCGGUCCAGGCGGCAGCUUCCGUCUAUCCUCUGGUAUACAGGCACACAAUCUCCGACCCAAACGACAAACAGCACUGGCAGACCAUGAUCGACAUCAAAUCUAAUAUACUGAAUCGGAUGAACACCGCCCCUCCAGGCGUCCGAAUAUGCUGCGUCAAGUUCGUGCAGCAGGUGGUGCUUGUGCAGACACCAGGCGUGAUAGAUCCUAGGCGGCCCGAUCACAGCGACGUCUCGCUCGCCCUCGUACCCCGCGAUCAUCCGCUCUUGACAUACGUACACCUCGAGGCUGAAGGGCACGGCUUGCUAGAUCGACUGCUAGAUAUCAUACAUGGAGAUCAUAGUGAUGCGUUGUUGGUCACCUCUGUGCUCAACAGCCUGGGUGUCUUGAUCCAUCGACGGCCUGUCGUUGCAAACAAGGUCCUCAACAGCGUGCUGAACUUCAACCCACUCAAAUUGGCAAACUCGCCCAUGACACCCAAGAACAAGGUCAGCAUGAAGGCCAUAGAACGCACAACGCGAGCUCUGCUUGUGAACAUCCUUAAGAGGAAUACCACUGAGCGGCCAAAUGACCCCAACAAUGGUCGGAUACAACAUUUCUUGGAGCGUAUGCAUCGUAUGCGACACGACAUAAUGGAGGAGAGCAGCCGGAAGCGGCCAGCUCCCGCUGAACCUACUAACGGCUUAGACCCUGCAAAGCGACAGCGUUUGGCAGCUGAACCUCCAACGCUCGCCGCAACAGUGCCCCCUCUCCCUCCUGGUCCUGUGAGCUAUCGUCAGCUGUACACCAUAGACCCUGAGAACGCUGCUGCGAACUUUGAUGUCAAGAUGUUUCAGGAUCCUGCACUUGUUCAGCAGAUCCUUAUACCUAUUCUGCAGUCGAUUGACGAGAAGAAACUUCUUGAAGCUACCAAUGUCGUCCGUAGUCGCUACCUUACACUUAGUCAUUCCAUGUCGAGACAACAGCCUCUUGCACCUGUCGACGAAGACGAAUACGAACCAGACGACUACGAACCUGAGGAUGCUGAGCAAGUAGCGAACAGACUUGACAGCACCGGCGAUAUUACACACGUUGCACCAGCAGCUUUCAAAUUGCCUGAGGCACCUCGUCUCUCCGUCGAAGAGGUACAGCAACACGGCGAGCUCGCGGUACGGCGCACAUUCGGCUUAAUAGGCGAGCUCGAGGAGAAAGGCAAGGCCACAAAGGGUGGCUUCAACCGCCUCGCGGCCAGCGACUACGGUCGGGACGCCUGGAUUACCAUCGCCACCCGACUAGCUACCCGCGCAAGCGCCGGCCUAGACGACCCAAACGAUGGCAUCAAAGACGAGUACGCCGUGAAGAACAUCAAAGGAAGCCUCUCCGUCAGCGAAUCAAUACGAGAUCUGCUCUACGACUACGUCAUCCGCGACUGGAAGAAGCGCAUCGAUGUCGCCGUCUCCUGGCUCAACGAGGAGUGGUACAACGACGCCAUCCUCGCGCAAACCGCAGCCGCAUCGUCUGCGAAAUCCAGCACGAACGGCAUUACUCCGCCAAAGGGCCACUACCACCGCUGCGCCCUCCGCCUCAUCGACGGCAUCCUCCCGUACGUCGCCCCCCAGGACAAGGGCCUCAUCCGCCUGUACUCCGAGCUGCCCACCCUCGACUACGAGAUCCUAUCCCGCAUGAAGACCAUGGCGCAGGACCCCGAGCGCGUCGGACUGGCGACGCAGGUCCUGCAGUAUUUGCACAUGUUCCGGCCGCCGGUCAAAGAUGUCGUGGUGCAGAUUGCGGCGGAGCUGUGGCGCGAGAAUGACCGCGCGAAGCCGAAGGCGGGGCAGCUGCUCAAGGUGUGGAGGCCGGAGGUGCUGGCUGAGGCGGGUGGUGGGGAGGUGAAGAUGGAGGAGGCGAAUGGGAAUGGCAAUGGGAAUGCGGUGGUGGAGGUGCAGGCUGCUGCGUAGGCGCCAUGGGAACGCCUAGGUGAGCAGCGAGCCACCCACCCAUGUAUCGGAUUGAUCGGGCGGGUGGAUACGCCGGGGACGGAACGGGAAGAGAUCUGUAUCAUGACCAUG